AUGUUGAAGUCCUGGCACAAAACAAACAGUCCUGGGAUCAAGAAACAUAUAAGUAGGAGUAGAUUCUUCAAAUAUUCCUUUCACGCCACCAAGGCGGUGGGCAGGAGCGGUACUGUGAUCGGCCUGUGCGGCAAGGACUGCGUCAUCCUGGCUGUGGAGAAGAUUAACUUCAGCAAGUUGUACGAGGAUGAUGCUGCGAGACGCAUCUUCACCAUAGACUCGAGUAUCGGGAUGACUGCGGCAGGCGAGUGGGCCGAUGCAGUUGUUGUGGCGGACAUUGCCCGUCAGGAGGCGCUCAACUACCGGAAGCAGCACGAACAUCCAGUUCCGUUAAAAUAUCUGACCGAUCGGGUGGCCGGAUUCAUUGAAGCCCACAUCCAGUGCCUAGUCAUCCGGCCUUUCGAAGUCUCGAUCGUGCUGGCCUCCUGGAGCGAGGGGAAGGGUCCCCAGCUCUACCAGAUCGAGCCCAGUGGCGUCUUCUCGAAGUACCAUGCCUGUGCCUGUGGGAAGGCCAAGCACGAGGCCAGGAAUGCAAUGAUGGAGCUGUCGCGGGCCAUGGAAACCGAGGAGCUUGUGAAAAGCGCCGGAGCAGUCAUCUACAAGGUCCAUGAUGCGCUGAACGACGAGAACUUUGUGUUUGAAAUGGGCAUGGUGGGCAAGGUCACCAACGGUCGGCUGUGCAUCAAUCCUGCCGAGUACACUGAGAUGGCCAGAAUGGCCGGGGCUUCCGCCAGAGAAAAGGAUGACAGCUAUGAUCCGUUGAAUUAA